GCGCCGCACUUGGUUGACCGUGUGGCACGUGUUCGGCGGCUCAUCGCUGCGGCUUAGCGAAGAGGUUAACCCACCCAGAAAACCAAGUAAAUCCCCGAGCGAGGGCGAUGCAGAGAUUUCUAGUGAUCCACCUGGUGGCACUGGCCAUGCUGGUGGCGGUGGUGCCGCCCCCUGUGGCCGGCACCCCCGACUGGAUGCAGAGCUGUGGCCCGUGCCACUGCCACUGGAAUUCGGGAAAGAAGAGCGCCGACUGCAAGAGCAAGGCGCUGGCCAAGAUUCCGCAGGACAUGAGCAACGAGAUGCAGGUCCUGGACUUCGCCCACAACCAGAUACCCGAGCUGCGACGCGAGGAGUUCCUCCAGGCGGGACUGCCCAAUGUGCACAAGGUCUAUCUGCGGAACUGCACCAUUCAGGAGGUGCAUCGCGACGCCUUCAAGGGUCUGCACAUCCUCAUCGAACUGGACAUGUCCUCGAACCGGAUCAGGGAACUGCAUCCGGGCACCUUUGCCGGCCUGGAGAAACUGCGCAACGUGAUGAUCAACAACAACGAGAUCGAGGUGCUGCCCAAUCACCUGUUCGUGAACCUGAGCUACCUGUCGCGGAUCGAGUUCCGCAACAAUCGGCUGAAGCAGGUGCAGUUGCACGUCUUCGCAGGCACCGUGGCGCUGAGCGCCAUUUCCCUGGAGCAGAACCGGCUCUCGCAUCUGCACAAGGACACGUUCAAGGAUCUGCUCAAGCUGAUGCACCUGUCGCUGCAGGGAAACGCCUGGAAUUGCAGCUGCGAACUGCAGGAGUUCCGGGACUUCGCCAUCAACAGGAGGCUCUACACUCCGCCCACGGACUGCCAGGAACCGCCGCAAUUGCGGGGGAAGCUGUGGAGCGAGGUGCCAUCGGAGAACUUCGCCUGCCGGCCGAGAAUUCUGGGCAUGGUGCGCACCUUCGUGGAGGCGAAUCACGACAAUAUAUCGCUGCCCUGUCGCAUUGUGGGCAGUCCCCGGCCGAAUGUCACCUGGGUGUACAACAAGCGACCGCUGCAAUCCUACGAUCCCCGGGUGCGAGUGCUGACCUCCGUGGCGCAGCUGCCGCUGCCGGAGCAGCCCACCCAGGUGGUCACCUCCGAGCUGAGGAUCGUCGGCGUUCGCGCCUCCGACAAGGGCGCCUACACCUGUGUGGCCGACAAUCGCGGCGGUCGCGCCGAAGCCGAGUUCCAACUGCUCGUCAGCGGAGAUUACGCCGGUGCGGUGGCCUCAUCGGACGGACUGGGCAUGGGCGGGGCGAUCGGGGCACCCACCAUCGAUCCGCAGACGAACGUGUUCCUCAUCAUCUGCCUGAUCACCACAUCGCUGCUCCUCCUGCUCAUCGUCAUCGUGCUGGCUCUCUUCUGGUACUGCCGCAGGAUAAAAACGUAUCAGAAGGACACCACCAUGAUGAGCGGCGACGGGCUGAUCUCCUCCAAGCUGGACAAGACGCACAACGGCUCCAUGCUCGAGGGCUCCGUCAUCAUGGAGAUGCAGAAGAGCCUCCUCAACGAGGUGAAUCCCGUGGAGAAGCCGCCGCGACGCACCGACAUCGAAAGCGUCGACGGCGGCGACGACGGACUCGAGAUCAAGAAGACCCUCCUCGACGACACGAUCUAUGUGAGCCACGACGACAAGGGCUCCAUGGUGAUUGUGGACAAGACGGUGACUCCCAGGACACGGCACACGUACGCGGAGGAUGUGUACCUGAACAGCCUGCCGCCGGACCUGCUGGCCUUUCCCGCCCGCGUGCCGCCGACCUCGCCCUCGAUGCAGUCCUCCCAGUCGAACAUCCCCGACCAGGUCAUCUACGGCAUCCGGUCGCCGCCGUCGCAAACGAGUCCCGUCUACACGCACAUGACGCCGCACGGCAUCUACGGCACCAAAACACUGGCUGCUCCGCACCACAAUGGCUUCAUGACCCUGCAGCAUCCGAAGUCGCGGAACCUCGCUCUGAUUGCCACCGCCAACAGCAGUCGGCAGCACCAUCACCUCCAGCAGCAGCAGCAGCAGCAUCAGCAACAGCAGCAGCAGCAGCAGCAGCAACAGCAGCAGCAACUGGGACAUCCACUGGGAGCCACAUCGCCGUUUCUGCCCGCUCCGGUGGUCUACUCGCCGGCCAGUUCAUCGGUGGUGAUGAAACAGGGCUACAUGACCAUUCCGCGCAAGCCGCGGGCACCCAGCUGGGCGCCCAGCACUUCGGGGGCAACUGGUGGUCACGGUGGCGGCAUACAGCUGAGCGAAUUCCAGAGCCCCACCUCCCCGAAUCCCAGUGAAACGGGCACGGCCACCACGGCAGAGCUGCAAGCGGAACCGGUGUACGAUAAUCUCGGCCUGCGAACCACCGCCGGUGGUAAUUCCACCCUGAAUCUGAACAAGAUUGCCGGGAAUCAGGCCAGCAGUUCAGCCGGCGGAGCUGGAGGCGGGGGUGCUGGUGGUCAGCAAUACACGAUGCGGGAUCGACCGCUGCCGGCCACGCCCAGUUUGACUUCCGUUUCCUCGGCGACGAAUGCCAGCAAGAUCUACGAGCCCAUCCACGAGCUCAUCCAGCAGCAGCAGCAACAGCAACAGCAGCAGCAGCAGCAGCAGCAGCAACAGAGAUUGGGAUCCCUGGACACGGAGCCACUCUAUGGAGUGCGACACCAGGGGAUCACGAUAUUGCCCGGCUCCAGCAUCAGUGGAGCGGGAUUGGGCCAUGCCGCCUACAUCUCGCCGGUGCCAUCGUCGAGUGCCGCGGUCUCGCCGAGCCAUCCGGUUGGAUCCUCGGGGGAUUCGCCCAAGAUGGCCAAGAUACCGCCGCGACCGCCGCCGAAGCCCAAGAAGAAGAUGUCCGUGACGACGACGCGGAGUGGCCAGGGGAGCACCAGCCAGCUCUUCGACGACGAGGGCGAGGACGGCACCGAAGUCUAGUUUGGCAGACGACCGCUCAUCAACCGAAGUGACACUGCACGGGAUGAUAUAUGUUAUGUAUAAAGAGUAAUAGGACUUUGGAGGUGGAGUCUCUGGUUAUUCGAUUGCGUGGAACAGUCGACCGACCCAAGAAGAAUCGAAAGGUAGAACAUCAAGGAACACAUUCGCUUCUGUGGCUCCGGGAAACGCGAGAAAGAAAAGCGAGAGUCGCCAAAAGAAGAUGAGGUGGAUUGAAUUGGAUUUGGAUUUGGAUGGGAUUCUGUUCCGUGGUUCACGACACUGCGUGACUUGUGUGCCAAACGACUGAUGUAGGUUUUAGUAAUUAAAUCGAUGAACAUGCAACUGCAACCACAGGCAGAAAACAGCGAACGAUGAUUCGAGAAACAGCAGAAAAUAAUAUAUAAUCUUCAACGAGGAAGAAAACAGAAAGGGGUCGGACUUCCUUCCAAGAUCAUUUGGGUAGCCAAUCCCGAAUUUGUCUUAGAGAAGAGUUGCAGGAGAUGCCCCAUUUUAAUACCACCACUUUUUUUGUGUAGACUAUAGUUAGUUUGGUACAAAACGCAUUACUCGUAUAUGAAGAGACAUAUAUACAUAUAUAUAUAUACACAAUUUUAAAAUUAUAUAAACCUAAAAACGAAAAACAAAUAUCCUAUAAAAUAUAUUUCACAAACUGAAACUUUCAAAUCAACGACAGCAAAAAAAAAAAAAGAAAAAAAGAAAACCAAUUCAUUUUUUCAAAAUUUUAUAAAAUUGUAAAUGUAAAAUGCAUACAGUUAAUCACCGUAAGCUAUAUAUUAAUGAAUUCAUAUAUAUAUAUAAGUAUAUAUAUAUAUAUAUAUUUAGUGUAAGCAGACAAAUUGUAUCCUUAAUUUUUUUUUUAUUUGUUUUACGAAAGCCACCACGAAUCGGGAAUUAAACUACAUGAAAGUAUAUUCAUAGCGGGUAAGUUUGUUAAGUGCAUUAGCAUAAAGAGUUUGCAUUCGCAAUUAAAACAAUGAAUUGAAACUUCUA